AUAAUCGAUCAUUCCACAAGGAUCAAGGAUCGCGACACAGCGGCAGUCAUGGCUUUGAGGAGGGCUUUACAUUUUGUUUUUAAAGUUGGCGACAGGACCAAAACAGCCACUUUUUAUCGAGAUGUUCUUGGAAUGAAGGUUCUUCGGCAUGAGGAAUUUGAAGAAGGCUGCAAAGCUACUUGUAAUGGUCCUUAUGACGGAAAGUGGAGCAAGACUAUGGUUGGAUUUGGGCCAGAAGAUGAACAUUUUGUUGCUGAACUCACAUACAAUUAUGGUGUGGGAGAGUACCGGCUGGGCAAUGACUUUAUGGGCCUUACUCUUCAGUCAAGUAAAGCUGUCAGCAAUGCCAAACAUCUGGGCUGGCCUCUUACCAAGGUGGAAGAGGGCCUUUAUCUGACCCACGCUCCAGGAGGUUAUCCCUUCUAUCUGAUAGACCAAGAGCAGCCUCUCACUGACCCUGUGCAGAAGGUGUGUCUGGCUGUGUCAGACCUGCAGAAAUCCAUCCAUUAUUGGAAUACACUCCUGGGAAUGAAGGUCUUGGACAGAAAUGAGCAGAAGAAAACUGUUUUAAUGGGAUAUGCAGAUACACAAUGUAAGCUGGAACUUCAUGAUGUCUGUGGGUCAGUAGAUCAUGGAACAGCAUUUGGGAGAAUUGCAUUUUCAUGCCCAAGAGAUCAGCUGCCUGACCUGGAAUCGCUGAUGAAAAAAGAAAAUCAAAAUAUUCUAACACCAUUGGUGAGUCUUGAUACACCUGGAAAAGCCACUGUGGAGGUGGUUAUUUUGGCAGAUCCAGAUGGCCAUGAGAUUUGCUUUGUUGGCGAUGAGGCUUUUAGGCAACUUUCUUCGGUGGAUCCUCAAGGAAAUGAAUUACUUAAUCAGGCGAUGGCUGACGAUAAAAGUGAAGAGUGGUUUGCCAAACACAACAGGCAGAAGGCAACAGCCUGAGAAAAUGCUGCACCACAACCUGUUUAUAGUCAUUGGAUAAGGUUUUGAUAUGGCAUCAUGUACUGAAAGCAUUAAACCCCACAACAGCAGUCUUGGAAGAG